GUCACCUUAUGUAGUGAGUUCUUCCAAAAUACAAUUUUUUUCCACAAAAAAAAAUAGUCUUCAAGUUGCUUCAGCAGCAAAGCAAAUUGUUAUCAUCCAUCUUUCUUCUCUCCACAGUCUGGGGACUAUGAACAAGUCAGGGAUAUCCACAGUGACUCACUUUGUCCUCUUGGGCUUUCCGGGACCCUGGAACAUCCAGAUCAUCCUUUUCUCAAUGAUUUUGUUGGUCUACAUGCUGACUCUGACUGGGAACAUGGCUAUCAUCUGUGCAGUGAGAUGGGACCGCCAACUCCACACUCCGAUGUACAUGCUCCUGGCCAACUUCUCCUUCCUAGAAAUCUGGUAUGUGACAUGCACAGUCCCCAAUAUGUUGGCCAACUUUCUUUCCAAAACUAAGACCAUAUCCUUCUCUGGGUGCUUCAUUCAAUUCUACUUCUUCUUUUCCUUGGGCACAACAGAAUGCUUCUGCCUCUCUGUCAUGGCUUAUGAUCGAUACCUGGCUAUCUGCCACCCACUGCACUAUCCCUCCAUCAUGACUGGCCAGCUCUGUGGUGUCUUGGUGUGUCUUUGUUGGCUCAUUGGUUUCCUUGGACACUCAAUUUCUAUUUUCUUCAUUUCUCAACUACCUUUCUGUGGUCCUAACAUCAUUGAUCACUUUCUGUGCGAUGUAGACCCACUGAUGGCAUUGUCUUGUGCUCCUGCACCCAUCAUAGAGAAUGUAUUCUAUUCUGUGAGGUCUCUUAUCAUCAUUAUCACCAUUCUGUAUAUCCUUGGAUCCUAUGCUCUGGUGCUCAGAGCUGUGCUUCAGGUUCCUUCCUCAGCUGGCCAAAGAAAGGCCUUCUCCACCUGUGGAUCACACUUGGUUGUGGUGUUUCUGUUCUAUGGAUCCAUAAUGGUGAUGUAUGUGAGUCCCACAUCUGGCAACUCAGUUACUAUGUACAAGAUCAUCACAUUGAUUUAUUCUGUGGUGACCCCAGCCUUAAACCCUUUAAUCUACAGCCUACGCAACAAGGACAUGAAAUUUGCCCUCCGCCAUCUUUUCUGUAGGAUGGAAAUUAUCCAAACCUCAUGA